GCAACCGGUGAAAGUCGAUUUUCACGUUGGAGAAGUGAACAAUUUUAAACCAUCUUUGUGGCUGACUGUUAAACUGACGGUUUCCUAGUGGAAAAAAAAAUGGGCGACACCGUUGCUGAGUACACGUCUCGACUUCAGCAUCAGGAAAGUGAAAUCAAAUUACUCCAAGAUGAAAUAGAGAGACUGAAAGAUCCACAGGAGCUGAACUUCUCAUCUUCACAACUGGAUGAGUUGAUGGAGGAGAAUACUCGUCUGAAAUACCGCCUAAACAUCCUGAAAAAAAGUUUACAGGAAGAAAUGUGCCAAAAUGGCAAGACAAUGAUGAACAUCAACCAGCGCUUGCAGCAGAUCUUUGGGGAAUCCAUCAGUACUGCCUACCCUGACCUGGAGAACCCACCAUUGGCAGUCACUCCCAACCAGCAGGCAAAGUUUGGGGAUUACCAGUGUAACAGCGCCAUGGCAAUGUCUCAGAUGAUGAAAACUAAGGGACAGAAGGUCAGUCCCAGAGAGAUAGCAGAAAAGAUUGUCCAGAACAUUCCUGACAAUGAGUUAAUCGAGAGGACAGACAUUGCAGGGCCAGGAUUUAUCAAUGUUCACCUCAAGAGGAUGUUUGUUUCCAAACUUCUCACAAACCUGCUUGUCAAUGGAGUGCAGCCACCACCUUUGGAAAAGAAAAAGAAGGUAGUCGUGGACUUCUCUUCACCUAACAUUGCCAAAGAGAUGCACGUUGGUCACUUGCGGUCCACCAUUAUUGGAGACAGCAUGUGUCGACUCUUUGAGUUUCUGGGUUACGAUGUGCUACGGUUGAACCAUGUUGGAGACUGGGGGACACAGUUUGGGAUGCUCAUUGCUCAUUUGCAAGACAAGUUUCCAAAUUAUCUUACUGUUUCCCCGCCUAUCGGUGACCUUCAGGCCUUCUACAAAGAGUCUAAAAAGCGGUUUGAUGAGGAUGAGGAGUUUAAGAAGAGGGCAUACCAAUGUGUGGUUAAACUACAGAGCAAAGAGCCAGACUUCAUCAAAGGCUGGAACCUCAUCUGUGAGGUUUCCAGAAAAGAGUUUCAGAAGGUCUACAACUGCCUAGAUAUACGCAUAGAGGAGCGAGGAGAGUCAUACUAUCAGGACAUGAUGACAGCUGUGGUGAAAGAGUUUGAGGAGAAUGGCCUGGUGGAACUAGACGAGGGCAGAAAGAUAGUGUUUGCUCCAGGCCAGUCUGUUCCCCUGACCAUUGUUAAAUCAGAUGGAGGCUACACUUACGAUACCUCUGAUCUGGCUGCCAUCCGAAAUCGUCUGUUUGACGAGAAAGCUGACAUCAUCAUCUACGUGACUGACAGUGGACAGGCAAUGCACUUCCAGGUGAUCUUUGCUGCUGCUCAGAUGAUCGGCUGGUAUGACCCCAAGGUCACUCGUGUAGAACAUGCAGGUUUUGGCGUAGUGCUUGGAGAGGACAAGAAGAAGUUUAAAACUCGUUCAGGAGACACGGUUCGACUAAUGGACCUUCUAGAUGAGGGUCUAAAAAGAUCUAUGGACAAACUAAAGGAGAAGGAGAGAGAUAAGGUGUUGACCCCGGAAGAGUUGGUGCAAGCUCAACGUGCUGUGGCCUUCGGUUGCAUUAAAUAUGCAGACCUAUCAAAAAACCGCAUCAAUGACUACGUCUUUUCCUUUGACAAGAUGCUUGAUGACAGGGGAAACACAGCGGCCUACCUCCUCUACGCCUUCACCCGCAUCAGGUCUAUAGCUAGACUGGCUAAUAUCCAAGAGGCCACCCUGCGUAAAGCAGCCGAGACCACAGAAGUCAUACUUGAUCAUGAAAAGGAGUGGAAACUGGGUAAGUGUAUCCUGCGCUUCCCAGAGAUUCUGCAGAAGAUCACAGAUGACCUGCUACUCCACACGCUCUGCGACUACUUAUAUGAACUGGCCACCACCUUCACCGAGUUCUAUGACAGCUGCUACUGUGUGGAGAAGGACCGGCAGACAGGGGAAGUGGUCAAAGUCAACAUGUGGCGGAUGCUCCUCUGUGAAGCCACAGCAGCUGUGAUGGACAAAGGCUUUGACAUUCUGGGUAUCAAUCCAGUUCAGAGGAUGUGAACUAGUCAAUGCCUCCCUCCUCUGAACAUGAGACCUUUUUCCGAAACAUCAGUGUCCCCAUGGAUUUUUAUGAUAUGCCAAAUAAAACUCAUAUGACUACC